CUUAAAAUGAGUGACUCAAAAAACAAUACACGUGGUAGUAGUUUAGGUGCUAAAUUAGCACUUGGUAUUCGUACAUCAAAAUCAGCCGAAAUGCCAAAACGUGCUCCACCGGUGUUCGCUGAAGUUGGUCGUCUAGCGGCUGGUGUCGCUGCUGUUGCAAGUGGCUCCGCUACUGGAAAUCCAAGGAACAAAUGUGCUUUACAACCCGGCCAUUCAUUAAUGGACUGGAUACGUUUGGGUGCAUCGGGACGUGAUUUAACUGGUGUAGGUAAUCGUGCAGGAACAUUAUCAAUAACACCGCAUCAACUAUCUGAGCAUUCAACACCAAGCGAUGCAUGGAUUGCAAUACGAGGACGUGUUUAUAAUGUUACACAUUAUUUACCAUUUCAUCCUGGCGGUCCAGAAGAGCUAAUGCGUGGUGCUGGUCGAGAUGCUACGAAAUUAUUUGAUCAGGUUCAUGCAUGGGUAAACUAUGAGCAAAUCCUACAAAAAUGUUACAUUGGACCAAUCAAUAAUUCAAGCUGCGAACAAUCAAAUCAACAAAAUAAUGUGAUCUUACCAAAAUUUGAUUGGAUACAAAAAUCUGAUUGUAUAACGUUUAUUUUUUAUACAAAAUCCUAUUCAAAUUGUGAAAUAUUAAUAGAAUUUCAACAAAGUGAUAAAAAUAAUAUAAAUAUAAUAAUAAAAUUAAUAUAUGAUAAUAAAUGUUAUAAAAAUGCGUUAAAUGUUAAACAUGAAAUUAAAUGGCCAUGUCGGACUCAAAUGAAUUAUGAAACGGGUAAAUGUGAAAUAGUUUUUAUGAAAUUAGAUACAUUUAUAUGGCCAUGUUAUGGUACAAUACAACAAGAAUAUCAAAAUCAAUCGAUAUGUGUUUGUGAUACAAAAGAAAAAUUUUUAAUUAUUGAUAAAAUUAAAUUAACACAUAAUAUUUAUUUAAUAGUAAUUAAACGAUUUAAUUGUCAGAUUAUGAACUGUAUACCUAUUGGUAAACAUAUACGUGUUUAUUUACAAUUAAAAGGACAUGAACAUUCCAGAAGUUAUACACCAGUCCCGCCUUGUAUAGUAAAACGCCAUGAACCAACAAAUUAUUCAACAGAUUGCAUAUGUUUAAUGAUAAAAUCCUAUUCACAAGGUUUAGUCAGUUCGGCCAUCUGUAAUACACCUUCGGGUCAUACUAUCGAAGUGAGUCCAGUAUCUGGUGGAUUUCGUCUUUCACAUUUAGAAUUUAAAGAAUAUUUUUUAUUGAUUGCGGCUGGUACGGGUAUUACACCAAUGUUGAGUUUACUUUUGUUUUUAUUACAACGACGUAGUCGUCGAUGCCAAAGAGUUAAAUUAUUAUUUUUUAAUCGUACUGAAAAAGAUAUUGUCUGGAGGGACCAAUUUGAUACAUUAAUGAAAGAAGACAACAGAUUUAUAGUUGAACAUAUUUUAUCUGAUGCAAAUGAUAAAUGGCAAGGUAAACGUGGACGAAUUAAUUUUGAAUUAAUACAAGAUUCUUUAGAGGAUAUCAUUAAAAUAUCUGGGGACACAUCAAGUUUAGAAGAUUUACUAGCAAAAUGUUAUGUUUGUGUGUGCGGACCGAGUCCGUUUACACAAGCAACUGAAAAAAUAUUAAAAGAAAUACAAAUUGAUGGAAAAUAUUCAUUAAAUAGUUCACAAAUACAUUGUUUUCUAGGUUAAAAUUAUUAUUUUUCAAGUUAAUCGAUUCUUUUUUUUUUUUUAAUUUAGAAAUGGAUAAUUAGAAAAUUAGCUGAAUAUAUGGGUUUACGGACUUAUGAUGCUUAAAAAGAGAAUUUAGGCUUAGUUUAAAUGACAUGAUUUCUAUUUUUUUAAACUGUUAACAUCCAUAAUUAAGUACGCCUUAUGCUUCCACAAUUUUUACUCUAGGGUAAUUCUCAAUAAUUUUUUUACAGAAAUUGUUUUAUAAUUUUAAUUCUAAUACACCUGUGGACACCGGAAGGGUUAAAUUAAAGUGUCGCAACAAAUAAAAAAUCAAUAGAUGCCAUAGAUUCUAGAUUGGUGUAACAGUAAUUAAUUAAAUUUUUACAAGUCAUAUCGGCAAACAUCAUAAGACCGUACAACCUGUAUAAUAAUUUAAAAUAGGA